CGACAGAGACUCUUCACGGUGUUACGUCACGGCGCGAGGCGUUUACGUCAUCUGGGUGACCGGGAGACCCGGUGAUGUCACAUUAAGCAGGGAAACCUCACGGUGCGCCCCGCAAAAACGAGCCCUAACGACGCGCCGCCGACACCGAGCGUCUUCUGACAUUAACACGCGCGCUCUGGCCGCGGCGCGUCCGUCGGGCUUCUUAAAGGCGCAGCGACACCUGCGUCCUCCUCGCGUCACACCGAGGUUCCCCUCACAUCUCGUGAACCGACACCGACGCGAGCGCCGGAGCAGAAAGCGGGGAAACACUCGACGUUUAACGACGUGCGGCGAAUGAACGCGAGCGAACGGACGGACGGACGGUGACCGUGUUCGAGGUGUUGCGGGUUUUUCCUCGUCGCGUUCGGGUGGAGUCGAGCCACAUACUGAAGCCUGAGCUGUGACACACUUCAGGUGGGUGUUGACUUCAGCAGCAGGACUCAAUCAUGAAGGACGGAAUGGCUAAUAACAGCACCGCCAGCAUCUCUCAGGCCCGGAAAGCCGUGGAGCAGCUGAAGAUGGAGGCCUGCAUGGACAGGAUAAAGGUGUCCAAGGCCGCGGCGGACCUGAUGGCGUACUGUGACGCUCAUAUACGAGAGGAUCCGCUCAUCGUGCCUGUCCCGGCCUCAGAAAACCCCUUCCGGGAGAAGAAGUUCUUCUGCACCAUCCUCUGAGGCCGGGCCGGGCUGCAGGUUCUGCCGCGAGGUUUCCGCGUCUCUGGCUGCCGCCGUUGAGCUGUGUUUGAGUGGCAGCCGCCGCAUCUGUUGACGGUCCGAUCCCUCCUGGACGCCUCUGAGGGGUUUUUUGGGGGGGGGGUCAAUUAACUGGCAACCCAGUCAGAGCGUCUCAUGUCUCGUUAAAUAGGUUUGUUAUUGCUUCGUAAUUAGAGAACAGCCUUUCUCACUGCUUAUGGGAUGAGAGAUUUGUGUUUUCGUUUCGUUUCGACUCAUUUCUCGUGCCACAGAGGAUGUGAAACACCAACAGGUGGCUGUUUUGUAAUAUAUUUAGACAUUUUUAGAAACUUGCUCUAUAUUUGAUAUGCAUCACUGGUCAAAUGUUUGGACACACUUGAGCGAGGCUUCAAACAAACACACAUUAGUAAUUGAAAUCAUAUAUAUAUAUUACUUUAAACUAAGGGACAAAAACAACAGAACUCAUUAUGAAUUAUAACGAUGGAAAUGUAUGUCAAAUCAUACAGUGGUUAAGAAGUUGUAAACAAUCAAUUUUUCUUGCUAUUGCAAUUAAUUAUCCAUCUAUAGAUUUAAUUUAAAAAAAAUAUUCUCUCCAUGUUUUAAAUUAGUUUUGAUGUCAAAUUGUGAUUUGUAUGAAUUUGUUUACAAAACUAAAACUUGAAUUUGGUUGUUAAAUGUCCAAAGCAAGAGAGAAGCAGCUCAAAUUUGCUGUAUUUCAUAGGUUUCAUGACUAUUUUCUGUUUUUGAAUAUUAGUCAUAAUAAAGAUUGAGUAGAUGCAUCCAAACAUUUUUUGAUUUUGAUCUGAAUUUAGAUUUAAAUUAGAUUUAAAUUCACAUUUCAUUAAAUUUCUCCUUCAAUGGCUGCGGAAAAUUCAGCU